AUGUGGUGCUCAGCGGAGCCCCGGCCCGUGCCCCACGGGGGCCUCCUCCUGCUCUGGCUGCUGAGUUUUGUGCCAUCGUUUGGAAGGGAGACACUCCUGACGACACCUGUUAUCCCACAGUCUGACCAAAGCAUAGCUUCUGAAGAUUUUAUUCAUUUAAACAUUUUAGAAAAAAGAGUUCUUAAUGAUUCUGAGGUCUCAGUUCAGUAUUUAUGUUCUAAGCCUUGCACUGUCACUUUGGAAGCAGUAGCUUCAUCGGAGUUCAGAACUGGUGUGUUAGUGUAUAAGAAGAGGUGGAAGAACGAGAAGCAGCUUCAUAUAAGUAGAACUCAAACAGUGCAUUUGAAAUUUCCAAACAUCAUGGUUUACAGAGAUGAUUAUUUCAUCAGACGCUCUAUAAUAGUGCCUACUGUGAUACUAUAUGCAUGGAUCAAUCACAAACCUGUUGGGAGCUAUGAUGCCAAGCGGGAUGAAAGCUACCUACAGGCAGUUGCCAAGAAUUAUACUUUGUUGGAAACAGUUCCACCUUGUGAGCGGCCAUACAAAGAUCACAAAGUAUGUUUUAAGUGGAGCUCUGAGCAUAUGUGGAGGCUCCAGGCAAACAGGAUACCUCAGUGCCCGCAUGAGACUGAUGCUGUUGAGAUCCUCAGUUUUCCAUAUGCAUCAAGCGGAGAGAAGACAGGAAUUGUGAAGAAGUUCAAGAGAUUUCACAACAGAGAGCUUGAGACAAUCAGGCAGCAUCAGAUCGAUUACCCAAAGUUCACUAUUUCAGUUUGGCUUUAUUUACUCCAUCACUGCGAAAAGAAUCUGUGUGGAAUAUUCUACUUUAUUGACCCAGGAGAAAUGUAUAGUACCCCUGCUGUAUUUCUAAAUGAAGAAGGUUAUGUUCAUAUACAGAUGCGCCUUGUCAAAGGAGAAGACCUCGCAGUGAAAACUAGCUUCAGCCUUCCUUUGAAACAGUGGUUUCGACUAGAUCUCUCUUUUAAUGGAGGACAGAUAGAAAUAACCAUUGUUGGGAAGAAUCUGAAAAGGCACCGGCAUCAAUCUUUUAAUUUUAGGGAAGAUUUCUAUUAUGAUGACAUGGCUGGAUACUUUGUUCUUGGAGGCAGUGGGUACGCACCUGGCAUUGAAGGGUUCUUUGGACCUGUGAAAUACCACCGUCUUAAUAUUCUGGAAUCAAAACAGAUUUCUAAUCGUCUUUAUGACAAAGAAAUUAUGGAACAGAUUGAACUCUACUAUGAGAGAUGUGCAGACAUCCAAGAAAUAGUAUCUGGGUAUGGACACCUUGUAAAGCAAGGCCAAGCGGUGCAAAAAGAUUGUAUCCGUGAAAACUAUUAUUCAGAGCUGAACUACAAAUAUGGGGCCAAGACCAAGUGUGAUACCUUUAUCUGGGGCAAAGAGCUAAGGGAGAAAUACCACAGCUUGUUCAGUCUGCUGCGAGAGAUGGAUUUCAGUCCAUCUGAUGUGUCAGAAGACCAAAACAAUACAGUUUUAGAAGUUGGCCGGAGGAUAUUUGAGAAGGUUGCAAAAAAUCUUUCCAGGGCUGAUGGUCUACACUACUUGAGCUCCUCGAUCCCUUUUCUGAUGGAUUCCAGCUGCUGUGGAUACCACAAAGCUUCCUUUUUCCUUGCAGUUAUUUUUGAAACGGGACUAGCUGUGCCCGUAGACCCUUUGCAGGGGCUGCUAUACAGUUUGGUUGGUGCUCAGAGUAGUGAGAGACUUGCUGUGAUGAAUCUUGGGUAUAAACAUUACCAAGGCAUUAACAAUUAUCCACUAGACUUGGAGUUAUCAUAUGCUUAUUACAACGAUAUUGCACUAAAGACAUCUCUUGAUCAACAUUCUACAAAAGGAGAUCAGGCAUUUGUAGAAACUAUAAGGCUAAGGGAUGAUGAAUUAUUAAAAGCCCAAACUAAAGAAAAUGGUGAUGUCUUUAUGUGGUUAAAAUAUGAAGCAACAAGAGGAAAUGCAGCUGCACAGCAACGAUUGGCACAGAUGCUCUUCUGGGGCCAGCAAGGGGUGGCAAAAAAUCCGGAAGCAGCAAUAGAGUGGUACUCAAAGGGUGCACUGGAAACUGAAGAUCCAAUAUUAAUAUAUGAUUACGCCAUCGUUUUAUUCAAGGGUCAUGGUGUGAAAAAGAACACAAGACUUGCUUUAGAACUGAUGAAAAAAGCAGCAUCCAAGGGAUUACAUCAGGCAAUGAAUGGUUUGGGAUGGUAUUACCAUAAUUUUAAAAGAGACUACAUAAAAGCAGCAAAAUACUGGUUGAAAGCUGAAGAAAUGGGCAAUCCAGAUGCAUCCUAUAACCUGGGUGCUCUGCAUUUAGAUGGGAUUUACCCAGGAGUGCCUGGCAGAAAUCGAACACUAGCUGCUGAGUACUUCUAUAAAGCUGCCCAAGGUGGACACGUAGAAGGGACCAUACGAUGUUCUCUGUAUUACAUCACAGGAAAUAUGGAAAACUUUGCUAGAGAUCCAGAAAAAGCUGUAAUCUGGGCAAAACAUAUUGCAGAAAAAAAUGGCUACUUGGGACGUGUAAUCAGAAAAGCUCUCGAUGCCUAUUUGGAAUUGUCCUGGCAUGAAGCUCUGCUGUAUUAUGUUUUAGCAGCAGAGGCUGGGAUUGAAGUGUCACAGACAAACUUAGCACAUAUCUGUGAAGAGAGACCAGAACUAGCAAGACGAUACUUAGCUACUAAUUGUGUUUGGCGAUACUAUAAUUUCUCCAUAUCUCAAAUCAAUGCGCCCUCAUUUGCUUACUUGAAGAUGGGAGACUUCUAUUACUAUGGUUACCAGAACCACUCUAAAGACUUUGAGCAGUCAGUGCAGAUGUAUGCACAAGCUGCAUUCGAGGGAGAUUCACAGGGACUCUUUAAUUUGGCCCUUCUCGUGGAAGAGGGUAAUUCCAUUCCUUCCUACAUUUUAGAUCACUUAGAGAUCAACAGGACUCUGCAGUCUAGUAAUAUUUCCAUCCUUCAGGAGCUUUAUCAAAGGUGCUGGAGUCAUAGCAAUCAAGAAUUAAUUAAUCCAUGCUCAUUAGCUUUGCUUUAUUUUUACUUAAGAGUUUUCUGGAAUAACAUUUUGCAUUCUACUCUGAUCUACUUCAUGGGAACCUUUCUUGUGUCAAUAUUGGUUGCAUUUGCAGUACAAUAUUUUCAGUCUCUGUCUGCCAAUGAUUCUCAGGCACCAAGGCCAGAACAAUCUCCAGAUGUACAUUCUUCCACUGAAAACACCAGUGACACUAGAUCAACAGAACAAGAGGAAUCUACUCUUACAAACAAUUUAGCUCAGCAUCCCCAUCUGAUCAGCUGA